UUUCGGUCACAAAAAUAAUGGCUGAAGAGUUUCUCCGCGUCCAUCCAGGGCUGAGGCCCUUCGUUCUCUCCGACGUCCAGCUCACUGGAACCAGAAUCGGCGGCGGAGCCUACGGCAAAGUGGAAGAAGUGGUCGUUCCUGUGGGCGCCGCAGCGAAAACAAUCUACGCCUUCUUGCAAGAAGAGGAUGCAACGACCGCCGAACUGCCUAAGGCCGCGACCGAGUUCGUGAGGGAAUGCCAGCUUAUGAGCACCCUCCGCCACCCGAACAUCGUCCAGUUUCUGGGCGUCGCUUUCUUUCCCGGCUCGCGACUGCCAGCCUUCGUCAUGGAGCGACUGCUGACGAGUCUUCACGACUUGCUGGCUCCGGACCCGCCCCCUCCCUCCGGCGCCGUCACACCGCUAUCUUUCUUCUCCAUGGCUCUCAAGUGCUCCGUACUGCACAACGUAGCGUGUGGCCUAGCCUACCUCCACAAGCGAUCGCCGCCUGUCAUCCACCGCGACUUGUCGGCCAGAAACGUUCUCCUGGACUCGGAGAUGGUGGCCAAGAUAGCGGACCUGGGCGUGGCUCGUAUAGUUCCUCGUGUGAAAGCUGCAGCCACCAUGACAAAGGGACCUGGGGCCUUAGGCUACAUGCCUCCAGAGGCUUUUGCAACAACUCGAUCGAAUACCGAAAAGUCGAAAUACGAUGUAUUUUCGCUUGGAGUUGUCACAAUUUUCACAAUCGGUGAAGUCUUCCCCUGUGAUCCUCUAGAGCACAACUACUUUGACGAGAAAAGUGGAAAGCUAGUAGCUCGCACUGAACUACAGCGACGUGCUGAAUACAUGCGAUAUGUAAAUGAGCAACUCCAUUCCUGUGGCCAGCUCCGUGGGGACCACCCUCUCAUUCGGCUGAUCCAGCAAUGCCUGCACAAUCUCCCAGCCAAGAGGCCAGGUAUUCGUGAGGUGCUUCGUCUGUUGCAGGAGGCCAGAGCUGGUGUUAGAAAUGAAGGGAGUGAGAGGAACAAACGUGAACUGGUACGAGCUCUUCAGACCCAGCCCAGGAACCAGAAUUUGGAGCGUGUUCUCCGAGACCUGGUGAUAGACAAGGACAGGGAGCUAGCUGAAAAACUUCAGCAACUGCGAGAGAAGGAAAGGGAGAAGCUGUCUGUCAUUGAACGGCUUACAAGGAAAGAGGCUGACCUAAAUGAGGCUCAGCGGCAUUUGAUACAGAAGGAAGAUCAGCUGCAAACAAGUGAAAGGGAGAAAAAGAGAGUCCAACAGUUUUUGACAAGAAAGGAAGCAGAGCUGACGAGAAAGGAGGCAGAGGUGAUGAGGGCAGAGGAGACUAUCAGGAGAGAGCAGCAGCAGAUUCAGGAGAUAAGACAGAGAGAGACUGAGUUAGUGCAGGCCAAGGACAGGGAGAUAGCUCUUCUUCAGCGGCAACUGGGGGAAAAGGUAUGCUAU